CUACGGAAACGAUUAUCUUAGUGUUGUUUACUAUUUAGCCUAGUUACUGCUGUAACGACUAGAGUAUUUAUGGAAGCUGGUACAGAGAAUGACUGCUCCUCGUACAGUUCUUGCUUCGUGAACAGAGGAGGAUUUCCAAUUGACGAAACGACAUGGGAGAAGAUGUGGGAUCAUGUCGCGAAGGUUCAUCCCCACAAACAUGAAACUAUGGGCCAGAUACGAGGCAACACAGCUUUGAAACAUAUAGCUAUUCCUCAACCACCCCAUCUUACUGAAUUUACAACUGUAGCUGCCAAAGUUCAAGCCAUUCAGAGUUACCUGAAGGAAUUUCAGUAUAAUCACACUGGCACUCAAUUUUUUGAAAUGAAGAAAGGUCGUUGUUUAUCUCGAAUGAUGGAGCAAGCUAAGGAGAUGAUCAAAGUAGCACUUCCUAUUAAGUGUUUGGAAGCAGUUAUUCUUGGACUUUAUUUGACAUGUGGACUGUAUUCAGUUACACGAUUUGUUAUUGGCUUUAAGACAAAAUGUGAAGGCCAUUAUCACAAGCAUGUUGUAUUGGGAGUGUACUAUGAAGGGUUGUUUGGCUGUGUGGGACUGAGUAGACGUGAAGAUCUCAUGUAUAAACCAUUGGUUUAUCAAUCUUUGUAUGAACUUGUGUGUGAUUUCCAAACCAGCUACAAGCAAUAUUACCAUACGGUAGUGAGAGUCAAGCUUAGUCUUCCUGUUGUUCAUGAUUUUUGCAGUGGAGAGAAGAUAUGCUGGGGGUAUCUGAAAAUUGAAUUGCAGGGGAUGGCAAACAAUGAAAUAAAGCGUUUGCUAGAACGUUACAGUCGGGAAAUGAAAACCAAGACCUUCUAUGCUAGAAUUCCUUUAUUACAUUCUGGAGCUAGUCCAACUGAAGAUCUUUCUAGUGGAUCUAGCAAUGGGUUUAAGCCUGCAAGUCAGACAAAGUCUGCCUACAAGGUGCAAGUUUGAUUUUAUGCUUCACUAAUUAAUUGCUACUUCAUUGUGAGAAAGUGAUGGACUUUGAUGACGGCCAGAAGUAAAAGUUCAAAACUUUUUCAACAGACAAUUAAAUGAUAUUUACUACACAUUUUAUCUGAACAGUACACGUAUAGUUCAUGACUCAAAUAAUGUGACUUGUAUUACAAUGCUAGCUAUAGACAGAUUAAUCAAUGAUCAACAUACA